CGUUUCGAGGCGGCUGGCUGUAGACGCACUGCGUCAUGGCACGUACAAAUUUGUGUGUCGAAUGUUGUCAAAACGAUGGCCAACAUGACAGAUGUUGCAGCUAAAUUUGCAUACGAGCUCGACGAUUGUUAAUUCAUCAACACCGUUAUGAUUUCUGAGGGAUGUUAGUCUCGACUUUGGUCGGUCUUCUAUUACCACUGGUGCUCGCCUCUAGUGAUAUUAAGCCAUUUUUCUUUCGUCUACCGAGUGCUUCCGCCGACUUUUUCCACACGGGCAAACAAUGCGUGCAGAAUUAAUGAGAGAGCAUAGCGUCCAUUUUGCGUGUGUGCCUCAAGUCAUAAAUCGGCUGUGUUGCAUGGGCGUGUGUUACAAGCCAUAUCCAGACUCCUGUCUUAUUCUGCAACCCUUUCUCAUAUUAAUAAAGGAUAUGUGAUGUCUGAUAUUUGUUUUCUUAUUGUUUAUAACAUGCUUAGUAGUUGAACUUUAAAGGUUGAUGUCUGGCAAACUUGGAUGGCUACCAAAAUGGCAGAGCCACCACGAUCCAAAGGAAAUGGCCUGGACAGUAGCCAGCUUCUUCCUCCAAUGCAUACUUCCAGGAGGGGCCUUCAACAAGUCCUGGACCUCUUCCGUAAUGCCACACCCAAUCUCAAAGAGCUCUUACUUCAGGAGGCAGAUAUCAUCUAUGAGUGCAGGGUGUGCAAAGGCCUUUUCCGUGGUCUUGUCAACUUUAUCGAGCAUAAGAGAUCCUACUGCAAGCUUCUCUCUGGAAUAGACCAGCACUGUGCUACAAAGACCUUGGGUCUGAAUAUGAGGGACCUCUUUCCCAAUGAAGAUGCUGCUGCUCCUCAGGUUGAACCCCAACCACCGACUUGCUCACCUGUAAAUGAGAGAGGAGUGGCCAAGAGGAACGUGGUGGCACCAAUUAUAAAUGAUCAGUCUUCUGAGGUAGGCAACACCAAUGCUUACUUGGUACUUCGACCUAUACCAAAUACAACUGAAGCCAUUGAACAGCAGGUGGUAAGGUCUGAUCACAUUAUCCACCAUGAUGAACUGGACAAAAUGAGUGUAUUUGCCCCAAAGCCGGAGGGAGGGGACACAUCAAAGAUAGUUGGUGAGAUAGCCAUUCGUCAGGCAACAAAGAAUGCCAAAACAACCAUUGAGAAACGAGAAACUCUCCAUAGCAUUGUGAAGGGUUUCCGCGGCAAAAAUUCUGCAAGGAGAGAAUUGUUUGAAGGAGUGGAGAGUUCUCAAGAGGCACAGGCUCAUGUUGAGAAGGUGAUUGAUGAAGGAAGGAAGAGUGGAGCUCCAAAGAAAGUUAUUUCCCUGCCUGUCAAGCAGAGCAACCCUCUGCAAGAGCCAAAAGAAAAGAAUCUGCCAGGUACUGUAGCUUGCCAACCAACUGAGUGUACAAUUUGUAAGAAGAAGUGCAAGAACUGGACAGCAUUGGCUUGGCAUAUGAGGAUCCAUAAAAGACCAAUAUUCAAGUGUUCUCUUUGUCGUUACAGUUCUGUGUCAGUCUACAACUUACGCAGGCAUAUGCAAACAAUGCAUCAUCUGCCUACAGCUAGGGUUGAUGAACUCCUCAGUUUGAAUGUGGGACAGCAGAAAAUUGCACAUGAGGGCCGUGAGAAGGAGGCAAUGAAGCCAGGCGAGGGUAGCUCUUUGCCAACUUGCGAUAUUUGCUUCAAGACCUUUGCCAAUCGACGGAAUGUGCUACGACACAAGGAGAUCCACCGUCGUGAGCAGCUCAGCUCUGAUCUGAAUCGUGGAAGUGUUCCACAGACACACUCAAGAGAAGAGAUUGCUCGUAAUAAGGUGUUGCAGAUUAUGGAUGAAAAGAAACUGAAGUGCAGACGGUGCCACAAGCAGCUAUCAACCAUGAGGAGGCUGCAACAGCAUUGCUGCAAUCACUUUGGAUUCAAUCGCUAUAGAUGUAUGCUCUGUCCAUAUGAAAAUAAUGACUAUACACAGAUGAGGAGGCACAUGAUGGGAAAACACGGAAGGCAAUUCCGUACUAUCCAUCAGAUCUCUGAAGCAAUUCGGAAUAUGAAGGUUGGAAUUUGGGUAAACCUUGUUCAGAAUGGAAAUGGCUCCAGUAAUGAUGAAGUCGUAAGCCCCAAUCCCAGGAAAUCUAAAGACUUGAUUGACUCUAAAAUGACUGCUGUAAAACUAAAAGGCAAAUGUGCUAAUGUUAUCACACCAAAGAAAUUGGAGAUAGACGACACAUCAGAUCUCAACGGAAAUGAUGUGGAAAUGGAAGAUAAUACUUUGGAAAUAAAAGGCCAACAGGAACCUGGAGCUGAUAAAGAUGAUGAAGAAAAUGAGGAAGAUGAAGCAGAUGAAGAUGAGGAGGAAGAUGAUGAAGAAGAGGAUGAGGAUGAAGACGAGGAAGAAGAAGAAGUGGAGGAGGAUGAGGAGGAGGAGGAAGAGGAGAAGGAGGUUGAUACUGAGAAAAGAAAGGCAGCAAGUAAUAAAGAGUCAGCUAAAAAUGAAGGACGAUCUGGAAAAUCUCAGUCAAACAAAGAGAACAAAGUUGUUCCCAAAACACCUUCAAAGCAGUCUGCAGUUAACAGUACCACUGCCAAGGAUAUCCUGUGGACUCCUCCAAGUAGCAAUGGAGCCAGAAAAAGUCCUGAACCUACUCCAAGUAGAGAUAUGCCUAUCAGACAAGCAAGGUUGAACCACCAAAGUGUGUCUCCCCGCAAUCAAGCAGAGAAGACCCAAGGAGAGAAGCCGAUUGCUGAAAAGACCCAGCAGGUCAAACGGGACUUGACCAAAACAUCCGGGGAAAAGACAAAAGGAAGCAAAAGCGAGAUGGAUGAGGAGGAUAAGAACGCUCUGGAGCUAUUGAUGGACAAGCGGUUAGUGCGAUGCCUCAAUUGCAACAAGCGUUAUCAGUACCUCAGCUCAUUGCAGAGACAUGUCCGCAUUCAUCUCCUUCGCAACGAGACAGGCAUACCACAGUCUACUGCAACAAAGAACCCUGCAGACACCUCCAAGAAACACAAUGCCAUCGAGUCACUCAUCAACACCAAUCUCUUGAAGUGCUUGAAGUGUCGUAAGCGCUUUGAAAGCAUGAGUUCCUUGAAGCGCCAUGUUGCAAGGCACUUGGGCUACAGUAGCUUCAAGUGCAAAUUCUGUGGAUAUCUGUCACGUAACUACACCUGGUUCAAGCAGCAUCUUAAAAUGAAGCAUGCUGAUCGAAUCACUGAUAUGACUCAGAUGGGUAGUCUCAUAGGUAGUAUGAAGACCAAAAAAUGAAUGUAAUGAAUCUGGGCUUUUCUAUAAGGAACCUAUAACUUUUCAACUACAGUUGGGCUUAGUGGCUUAUAAAAAUUCAGAUUAUCAAGGGUCAUGUAGUUCCCAUAAUGACAAAGUUAGCUUAAUAGUAUUGUACAACGCCUACUUAGCUUGUUGUACGCGAUCAAAUGGGAGGCUGA